AUGCGGUACUACGAACAAAGGUACCCCGAGGUCGACGAGCUCGUCAUGGUCCAGGUCCGCCAGAUUGCGGAGAUGGGCGCCUACGUCAAGCUGCUCGAAUACGACAACACAGAGGGAAUGAUUCUCCUCUCUGAGCUUUCCCGUCGUCGCAUCCGUUCCGUGCAGAAACUCAUCCGUGUAGGCAGAAACGAAGUCGUCGUCGUUCUCCGUGUUGAUAAAGAAAAGGGAUACAUUGAUCUCUCCAAACGCCGUGUCAACGCAGAAGACAUCGUCAAGUGCGAAGAGCGCUACCUCAAAUCCAAAACCGUCGCCUCCAUCCUGCGCCACGUCGCAUCCAAGAUCCCAUCUCUCUACGGCUCCUCCUCCGACGCUGCUUCCCCCACCGCCGACGCCCCGCCUCCCACCCCGGCCUCCGCGGAAAAGGAGAAGGAGAGCAAGCGCAGCGCACGCAAGGCGCGCCAGGCCGCGCAGGAAGAGGACGGCGGUGUGGCGCCGGCGGAGCAUGAUGCUGGUGGGCCAGGGGGCAACGAGGACGAGAAGCUCGAGCAGCUGUACGAUCAGGUCGCAUGGCCGCUCGGCAAGAUCUAUGGCCACCCCUACGAUGCGUUCAAACUGGCUCUGACCGAACCCAACACAGUCUUCGCACACCUCUCCCCGCCCCUCUCCCCAUCAACCCUUCAAAUCCUGCUCGCCACCAUCGCGCGCCGCCUCACACCACAGCCCAUCAAACUGCGUGCCGACAUCGAGCUCACAUGCUACACGCCCGCAGGGAUCGACGCCAUCAAGCGUGCGCUGCGCAAGGGCGAGAAGCAGAGCACAGACGCCGUGCCGAUCAAAGCCAAACUCGUCGCGCCGCCGCUGUACGUCCUCAGCACGAACGCAACUGAUAAGUAUGCCGCGGUGGAGCGGCUGGAACGCGCUAUCGAGUCUAUCCAAGGCUCAAUCGAGGCGCAGGGCGGAAGCCUGAUUGUGAAGAUGAAGCCCAAAGCCGUUUCCGAAACGGAAGAACACGAUCUCGCGCAGCUCAUGGCCAAAGCUGGCCAGGAGAACGCCGAGGUGUCGGGUGAUGAGGAUGACGAGGAGUAG